CCGGGCUCCGGCCCGGGUGCCGGCGCGGGGAUGGACGGCCCCGGGGCCAGCGCGGUGGUCGUGCGCGUCGGCAUCCCGGACCUGCAGCAGACGAAGUGCCUGCGUCUGGACCCGGCCGCGCCCGUGUGGGCCGCCAAGCAGCGCGUGCUGUGCGCCCUCAGCCACAGCCUCCAGGACGCGCUCAACUACGGGCUCUUCCAGCCGCCCUCGCGGGGCCGCGCCGGCAAGUUCCUGGACGAGGAGCGGCUCCUGCAGGACUACCCGCCCAACCUGGACACGCCCCUGCCCUACCUGGAGUUUCGAUACAAGAGGCGAGUGUACGCGCAGAACCUCAUCGAUGAUAAGCAGUUUGCAAAGCUUCACACAAAGGCAAACCUGAAGAAGUUCAUGGAUUACGUCCAGCUGCACAGCACGGACAAGGUGGCCCGCCUACUGGACAAGGGGCUGGACCCCAAUUUCCACGAUCCUGACUCAGGAGAGUGUCCUCUGAGCCUUGCGGCCCAGCUGGACAACGCCACGGACCUGCUGAAGGUGCUGAAGAACGGCGGCGCCCACCUGGACUUCCGCACUCGCGACGGGCUCACGGCCGUGCACUGUGCCACCCGCCGGCGCAACGCGGCAGCCUUGACGACCCUGCUGGACCUGGGCGCCUCUCCUGACUACAAGGACAGCCGCGGCCUGACGCCCUUGUACCACAGCGCCCUGGGGGGCGGGGAUGCCCUGUGCUGUGAGCUGCUGCUGCACGACCACGCUCAGCUGGGUACCACAGAUGAAAACGGCUGGCAGGAGAUCCACCAGGCGUGCCGCUUUGGGCAUGUGCAGCACCUGGAGCAUCUGCUGUUCUACGGAGCUGACAUGGGGGCUCAGAACGCCUCAGGGAACACGGCCCUGCACAUCUGUGCCCUUUAUAACCAGGAGAGCUGUGCUCGCGUCCUGCUUUUCCGCGGAGCUAACAAGGACGUCCGCAAUUACAACAGCCAGACAGCCUUCCAGGUGGCCAUCAUCGCAGGGAACUUUGAGCUCGCAGAGGUCAUCAAGACCCAUAAAGACUCAGAUGUUGUACCAUUCAGGGAAACCCCCAGUUAUGCAAAGCGGCGGCGGCUGGCUGGCCCCAGUGGCCUGGCCUCCCCUCGGCCCCUGCAGCGCUCAGCCAGUGACAUCAACCUGAAGGGUGAGGUGCAACCGGCAGCUUCUCCUGGACCUUCGCUGCGAAGCCUUCCCCAUCAGCUGCUGCUCCAGCGGCUGCAGGAGGAGAAAGACCGGGAUCGGGAUGGUGACCAAGAAAAUGACAUCGGUGGCCCCACAGCAGGCAGGGGCAGCCAGAGCAAGAUCAGCCCGAGCGGGCCCGGCGGCCCCGGCGCGCCCCCCGGCCCCGGCCCCGCGCCCCCCGCGCCCCCCGCGCCGCCGCCGCGGGGCCCGAAGCGGAAACUUUACAGCGCGGUCCCCGGCCGCAAGUUCAUCGCCGUGAAGGCGCACAGCCCGCAGGGCGAGGGCGAGAUCCCGCUGCACCGCGGCGAGGCCGUCAAGGUGCUCAGCAUUGGGGAGGGCGGUUUCUGGGAGGGGACCGUGAAAGGCCGCACGGGCUGGUUCCCGGCCGACUGCGUGGAGGAGGUGCAGAUGAGGCAGUAUGACACACGGCAUGAAACCCGGGAGGACCGGACGAAGCGCCUUUUCCGCCACUACACAGUGGGCUCCUAUGACAGCCUCACCUCACACAGUGAUUAUGUCAUUGAUGACAAGGUGGCCGUCCUACAGAAACGGGACCAUGAAGGCUUUGGUUUUGUGCUCCGGGGAGCCAAAGCAGAGACCCCCAUCGAGGAAUUCACGCCCACGCCCGCCUUCCCUGCGCUCCAGUAUCUUGAGUCGGUGGAUGUGGAGGGUGUGGCCUGGAGGGCCGGGCUGCGCACAGGAGACUUCCUCAUUGAGGUGAACGGGGUGAACGUGGUGAAGGUUGGCCACAAGCAGGUGGUGGCUCUGAUCCGCCAGGGCGGGAACCGCCUCGUCAUGAAGGUUGUGUCUGUGACAAGGAAACCCGAAGAGGAUGGGGCUCGGCGCAGAGCCCCACCGCCCCCCAAGAGGGCCCCCAGCACCACGUUGACUCUGCGUUCCAAGUCCAUGACGGCAGAACUUGAGGAACUUGCCUCCAUUCGGAGAAGGAAAGGGGAGAAGCUGGAUGAGAUCCUGGCCGCCGCCACGGAGCCGACCCUGAGGCCGGACAUCGCGGACGCCGACUCAAGAGCCGCCACUGUCAAACAGCGGCCCACCAGUCGGAGGAUCACCCCUGCCGAGAUCAGCUCUCUGUUUGAGCGCCAGGGCCUCCCAGGCCCAGAGAAGCUGCCCGGCUCCCUUCGGAAGGGGAUUCCACGGACCAAGUCUGUAGGGGAGGAUGAAAAGCUGGCGUCCCUCCUGGAGGGGCGCUUCCCGAGGAGCACGUCCAUGCAAGAUUCCAUGCGCGAGGGCCGAGGCAUCCCGCCACCCCCCCAGACUGCGCCGCCACCCCCACCAGCCCCCUACUACUUCGACUCGGGGCCGCCCCCCGCCUUCUCGCCUCCGCCGCCCCCGGGCCGCGCCUACGACACUGUGCGCUCCAGCUUUAAGCCCGGCCUGGAGGCGCGCCUGGGCGCGGGGGCCACAGGCCUGUAUGAGGCCGGGGCGCCCCUGGGGCCGCUGCCCUACCCCGAGCGGCAGAAGCGCGCGCGCUCCAUGAUCAUCCUGCAGGACUCGGCGCCCGAAGUGGGCGACGUCCCGCGGCCACCUCCGGCUGUCACCCCGCCUGAGCGGCCUAAGCGGAGGCCACGGCCGCCAGGCCCCGACAGCCCGUACGCCAACCUGGGUGCCUUCAGCGCCAGCAUCUUCGCACCCUCCAAGCCCCAGCGCCGCAAGAGCCCCCUGGUGAAGCAGCUGCAGGUGGAGGACGCCCAGGAGCGUGCCGCCCUGGCCGUCGGCAGCCCUGGCCCGGGUGGUGGCAGCUUUGCCCGCGAGCCCUCCCCGACGCACCGCGGCCCUCGGCCCGGCGGGCUCGACUACGGCCCCGCUGACAGCCCUGGCCUGGCUUUCGGCGGCCCGGGGCCGGCCAAGGACCGGCGGCUGGAGGAGCGGCGCCGCUCCACCGUGUUCCUGUCGGUGGGAGCCAUCGAGGGCAGCCCCCCCAGCGCCGAGCUGCCCUCCCUGCAGCCCUCCCGCUCCAUCGACGAGCGCCUUCUGGGCGCCGGCGCCGCCCCCACCACCGGCCGCGACCUGCUCCUGCCCUCCCCCGUCUCUGCUCUGAAGCCAUUGGUGAGCGGCCCGAGCCUUGGGCCUUCAGGCUCCACCUUCAUCCACCCGCUCACCGGCAAGCCCCUGGACCCCAGCUCGCCCCUGGCCCUGGCCCUGGCCGCGCGGGAGCGGGCUCUGGCCUCCCAGGCGCCCUCCCGGUCCCCCACGCCUGUGCACAGCCCCGACGCUGACCGUCCCGGGCCUCUAUUUGUGGAUGUGCAGGCCCGCGACUCCGAGCGAGGGGCCCUGGCCUCCCCAGCCUUCUCCCCAAGAAGUCCAGCCUGGGUCCCUGUGCCUGCUCGCAGGGAGCCGGAGAAAGCACCCCGGGAGGAGCGGAAGUCGCCGGAGGACAAGAAGUCCAUGAUCCUCAGCGUCCUGGACACGUCUCUGCAGCGGCCGGCUGGUCUCAUCGUCGUGCAUGCCACCAGCAACGGGCAGGAGCCCAGCGGGCUGGGGGCUGAAGAGGAGCGGCCGAGCACCCCGGAGCUGGCCCCCGCCCCUCCACAGUCGGCAGUGGCGGCGGAGCCCCUGGCUAGCCCCCGGGCGCAGCCCCCCGGCAGCGCCCCGCCGACAGACCCCGGGCCCGGCCAGGGCAGCUCGGAGGAGGAGCCAGAGCUGGUGUUUGCCGUGAACUUGCCGCCCGCCCAGCUGUCCUCCAGUGAUGAGGAGACCAGGGAGGAGCUGGCCCGCAUUGGGCUGGUGCCGCCUCCUGAAGAGUUUGCCAACGGGGUCCUGCUGGCCACCCCCCUUCCUGGCCCAGGUCCCUCGCCCACCACGGUGCCAGGCCCGGCCUCAGGGAAGCCGAGCAGCGAGCCCCCGCCUGCGCCUGAGUCUGCAGCUGACUCAGGGGUGGAGGAGGCCGACACGCGCAGCUCCAGCGACCCCCACCUGGAGACCACAAGCACGAUCUCCACGGUGUCCAGCAUGUCCACGCUGAGCUCAGAGAGUGGGGAACUCACUGACACCCACACCUCCUUCGCCGAUGGACACACUUUUCUACUCGAGAAGCCACCAGUGCCUCCCAAGCCCAAGCUCAAGUCCCCGCUGGGGAAGGGGCCGGUGACCUUCAGGGACCCGCUGCUGAAGCAGUCCUCGGACAGCGAGCUCAUGGCCCAGCAGCACCACGCCGCCUCUGCUGGGUUGGCCUCUGCUGCUGGACCUGCUCGCCCUCGCUACCUCUUCCAGAGAAGGUCCAAGCUGUGGGGGGACCCCGUGGAGAGCCGGGGGCUCCCUGGGCCCGAAGAUGACAAACCAACUGUGAUCAGUGAGCUCAGCUCCCGCCUGCAGCAGCUGAACAAAGACACACGCUCCUUGGGGGAAGAGCCGGUCGGUGGCCUGGGCGGCCUGCUGGACCCUGCCAAGAAGUCGCCCAUCGCGGCAGCUCGGCCAGCCUCAGUGGCUGAAGAGUUACGAGGUAGUGAGGCAGUACCACAGUCAGAUGUUGGUGGAGGAGACGUCCGGGGGAUGAAGCCUCGCUGAGCCAUCCGGAGGAGAUGCUGCCGGCAUUCAGGGGUGAGGUACUGUUGGUUAGAGGGUGGAUAGCCCAGAAGCCCCCUCUGGGAGGCCAGCGGGUGCUGGGACGUGAUCAUGCCAUGGUUGGGUCCUGGCUCGGGAGGUGGUCAGACAGCCGAGAGAGGCGAUGGACAGUGAUGGGUGUGCAGAGGAACAUGGAAACUUGGCUGUGGAUACUGCUGGGAUUCCUGCCCAGGGGGCGAUGUGAUAGUUCCCUGUCCCCGCAAGAGGAAGGAGAGGAGGAGCAGGCACCUGGGCCGUGGGGAACCCUCAGCCACUCCCUCGGGAGCGCAGACUUCCUUAGGCUCUUCUAGGCCUCCUGGCCUGUCCAGCAUCCCUGGGCAUCCUUAGGACAGGCUCUCUCUCCCCACUCCCAGCCAAGUGGAACAUGGCACUUCAGGCCCUCAUGGCACCCCUGGCACCCCUGGCACCAGCCGUAUCCUCGGGCAGGGGCCCAUCUCCUUGCACCCAGCACCCAUCUCCUCAGGGGGCUCUUCCUCGGUGCUACUAGAGCCAGCUUACUUCUCUGCCAGACGAGGAGGCUCCAGCAUCGGCCAUAAAGGUUCUGGAGGCCACACCCUGCUCUGGGCUCAGAGCACCCACCCUGUUCUCUCUGCCUUCGCAGCUUGGCUGUGGUCCUGCCAACUUGUCAGUAUGCUUCGGUCACACCCGAGCCUCUAGGCACGCCCACAUGGGUCCACUGAAACGUAACCUCUGGGGUAGGCUGGGGAGGGUUCCCUCCUGAGAUGCAGGUCCUCAGGCUGGGGUCGCUGUGUGGGGGCUGUAGGGGGCCUCUCCCGGCCAUCGUCCUCUCAGCAUCUUAUGCAGCGCUGCCUCCCCCUCCCCCACAACCCUGGGCACCCACCCACCCCCUGCAACAUCCCCUUGGGUGGCCUCCUCCUCUCCCUUCACUGCUGCCCUGCCUUGCCCCAAAGCCCAGGUGGUGCCAGGGAGGCCAGGUGUGGUGGGAACAGAGAGGGGUCUUCUGGUUGGUGCCCAUUCCUGAGCCCACCUCAGGUGUCUCCUGGGGGCAGGUGGGGGGAAGGCUUGAUCUAGUCUCCUCAAGAGGCUCCGCUGUGGGCCUGAGCCAUUGGGAGAGGCAGCAGGGGCAGAGGCUGAGGAGAGGAGCCAGUGGAAGGUGGGGGAAGCUGGGAACCGGAGCGCAGGUUGAGUGGGAGAGGUUGCACUUGCACAGGUGGGACAUGGAAAGAUGAAGCCACAUCAAGAGGAGGAAGGAUGCCGAGGGUGCCCCAUGCGCUGUGGCAUUGGCCCCGGCCAGGGUCGCAUGGAGGUGGGCAGGGGUACCCAGAGGAGUGUGCUUAGCCUAACUUAGGCAGGGGCGGUGGGGGGAGGUGGGCUGGCCACUGGAGAGAGGCUGCUCAGACCUCAGAGAGUGUCCCCAAGUGCCAAGGGGCUGCUGAGCACCUGCCACACAGCGUCCCAAGAAAAGCUGGUGGAUGGGCACUACUCUUGCCUGGCUUCUCAAACCAGAAAAGCCCCACAGGCAGACCAGGAGCCCACCCAGAUGGGCCUGGGUUGGGGCUGCAGCCCCCUCCCCCAGCAGCCCCAGGUGUGCUCCCUCCCACUGCAGCGAGUUCCUCCCCCGCAGGUGUCUGGCCAGGGAGAUGUGUCCUUGGCUGCCACACCAUAGCUCGAGUGGGGCCACGUGCCUGCUGUUGGGCCUGGGCUGCUAACACUCUUUCUCAUUGCUCUCUCCCGCCCAUCUGCAUGUGGCUGCUCU